AUGAAUAUGAAAUGUAAUUGUUUAUUUUGCAAAGAAUUUUCUGAUUCUAUUAAAGCCCAGAAAAGACUUGCAUGGACUACUCUUUGUCGUUUAGCAUUUUUAUCUAUUUAUCAACGUACCCCAGUUGAUUUUAUUAAUGUUCGAGAUAUCUUUAAAUUCUUAAGUGUGCAUUGGGAUGUGUUGUCUCAUUUAGAACAAAUGAAGAAAAAAAAUUGGAAGAAAUCAAUUCUUGAUGCUUUAAAUCAUUCUGAUUAUUUUGAAAGUGGAAUGAGUCAAUAUCAUACAAAUGGUUAUUGGAGACUAACUGAUAAAUCUCUUCCAAAUGUAAAGAAUAGAAAAAAUAAAGAAAAUAAUGUAAAAAUAUCUUCUCCACAAAUCCCACUCAAUCCAAUUAAAUUUGAGAUUGAUAUCUUACAAGACAAAACCGAAAAUAAACCGCCUAAAAGACCUCAACACGUUUUUGAUAUUCCAAAAGAAGAAAAGAAAUCUUUUUUUGAAACUACUCAAAAUUUUACUCCUUUUUCAAGCUAUUAUCAAAAACAGUCUUCUUAUUAUCCUCCUUGCGAUCCUUUUUAUGAUGAACCACGUUAUCCUUCUUAUCAAUACCCUUUACAUUAA